AUUGUUCUCUGAAAUGUUGAUGCAAGUUUUUGCUGACUGAGAUGAACUAUAACUACACAUACUUAUAAGCGUUUGAAGUGUGUUUACUGGAAUGCUAUCGUGUGUUUUCAAAAAGAUAACCAGUUCUUCUUAUCGCUUUUCUCAGAAUCCAAGGUACCUAUACCUAAGAUUGUGUAUCACACUAUCACACAUGUAUUUUUAGCUGGAUUAGCUUAUUCUAAAUGGAGUUUUACUUUUCGUUGGAUGUAUGAUCUAUUCGCGUGCUUUAUUACAAUUACUUGUAAAGGUGAUUCGUGGUUUGAUCAUCUUUGCGCUGUUUCAUAUUGCAAGUUGUGUCAUUGAGGUAUCACUCCAACAGCCAUCAGUAAAGAAUCGAGAUUCGUCGUUAAUUUUCUCUACUCAUCCACCAAAAAUUUAAAAUGGACAUUCGAAAAUACUUUUGCGAGUGGAAAUUCAGAGACAAUUUCAUCGAACAAAUUGAAACUUUCGCCGUCUGGAGAGACGCGGAUUAUUUUGGAAAUGCCCUUAUCAUUACGAAGAACCAUGAAGUAUAUGCAGCUGGAAGUUUCAUCGACAACUGCAGCAAAUAUUCAUCAAACUCCAACUCGAAAACUGACUAUUAUGAACCAGUGAAACUUUCUCUGUUAUCUGGCGAACGAAUUAAAAAAUUUGUGUAUGGUGAGCGUCAUAUUUUCAUUUGUACGGAGAAAGGCGAAGUUUUUGGUUUCGGAAAUUCUUUCAAUGGAACAGAAUACAAAAUUGUUUCACCGCAGAAAGUGCCUUCACUUCUGGGACUAAAUGUUGUGGAUAUCGCCAUCGGACCAAACAAGCAACACUUGGCUUUAUGUGAUAAUGGAAAGCUUUAUAAAUUUGAAUUUACGAGCAAACCUCGCAAAUAUCUGAUCAACACCAGUGCAGUGAAAGCGAAACCAUUGAAUAUAUUUCAUGUGGAAAAAGGUUUUUGUAUUUCAUUGUUGGAUAAUGGAAAAGUGAUGAAGGUAAACAUCGACGACCCAGCGUUUUCAAACUCCAAUGUUUCUGAGAGGAGAGAUGAUGAAAUACUAGAGAACUACUGUGAAUUGAUGAUUUUUCAAAACUACGAGUAUUCAGAUCGACCUAAUCAUAGUAAAAUUAAAAUUACAAAACUGAUUGGCGGAUAUACUCACGCGCUUGCUGUAGAUGAACAUGGUCGCUUAUUUGUUACUGGCCAUGAUUAUAAGGGACAGCUGGGACUCGGUGGACCUGAAUCUAAUAUUCAUUAUGGACACUUCAAGCAAAAUUCAUUGCUUACCGAAAAGGUUGUUGAUAUUGCUGCUAGUUUUUCUUGGCAUCUGUCGGCAGCUUUGACUGAAAGUGGUAAAGUAUACAUAUGGGGUGAAGGUCGAGGUCCAAAGAGUUUUGAACCUCAGCUUACAGCAUUCGAAUCUCUUCAUGAAGUUUUCCUUUAUUAUUCAACUAAUUUGGAAACUUAUAAACCGAUAAAUGUUAACGAAUUAUCAGCUAUAACUUUUACACCGAUGCCGAUUGCUUGCAGCGUGACUGACGCUCAAAAUUUCCUAAUCAAUUCGUUCAAAAAUGCUUUCGAUGAUCCGAAAUUCUGUGACUUGUUUGUCGUGGUGGAAGGUAAAACGAUUCCGGUCCAUAAAUCAAUAUUAGCAGUACGGUGUGAACAUUUCGGCGAAAUAUUUCAGAAAGAUUGGCCGAUUGAAAAACCAAGUGUUCUAGAAAUUGAAGACGGUGAUUUCAAAGUGUACAAAGCUUUCCUGGAAUAUUUAUACACGGACCAAAUCAAUGAUCAAUUAUCCUUCAACGAAAUUAUAGAAUUACUCAACUUGACAAAUAAAUAUAACGUAAAAUUAUUGGCGGAACGUUGUGUAUUGUUGAUACAGCCAAAUAUUGCGAUCGAAAAUGUUGUAUCUUUAUACGAAUGUGUAUCUGUUAUGAGAGAAAAAACCAAGAUGAAAGAUAUUCUUGAUCAGUUGAAGGAAUCCUGUGUGAAGUUUGCUGCAAACAAUUUGUUUGCCAUUGGAGUUUCUGACGAAUUUGCCAAGUUGAAUGAAAAAAUAUCGAAAGAAUUGAUCGUGGAAAUUAGUAAACUUAAAUUUAAGGGAUAAAAUGUUUCAGGGAAGUAGAUAUGUUAUUUUUUAUGCGUCCUUAACUGCUUAUUCAUACCUGUCAAUGUGAGUUGAAAAAGACUUUGUGAUGUAAUUUUAUUUCAAAUUCGAAUUUUUUGUGAUAGAAUUUUAUACCUACAUUUCCAUGUUUUUUAUACCUAGAUUAAAGAUGAGUGUUUUAAUGA